AUGGCAUCAAAUAGUGAAGAAGACGAACGUGAACUUAAUGUAUGUGAUGAUGAUCAUGAUAUGAUUUCAAGUGAAACAAAAACUGAAGGUUCAUCAUUAAUAUUCGAUCGUCAUAAUAAAGAAAAUCGUCAUGAAUUACCUUCACUUUUUCCACCGAUGAAUUAUCCGCAUAUGCUUCCAUUACUUCAACCUCCGAUGAAAUCCAAUGGAUUGUUUCUUCCUAGUUUCUUUCCUUAUUCAUCACUCACGCCGUCGACUACAGAUCGAGCUUCAUCAUCAUCAUCUUCAUCAACAACAAGUCGUCGACGACAUCGUAAUUCAUCGGCAACACUCAAUGAAAGUGGUUCAAUGGGUGAUGAUUUAACAGAUUUACGUUUGAAAAUUAACUCACGUGAACGUCGACGCAUGCAUGAUUUAAAUUCAGCAUUGGAUAGUUUACGUGAAGUUAUUCCCUAUGCAAAGAAUCCAUCGGUACGUAAAUUAUCAAAAAUGGCAACAUUAUUAUUAGCAAGAAAUUAUAUUAUUAUGUUAACAAAAUCACUCGAUGAUAUGAGACAGCAUAUAGCAACAUGUUAUCAAAAUAAAUCUGAACAAGAUAAAUCUCAAAGUGUAUGUCCGAAAGCUCAACAUAAUUUACCGUGUUUUUGUUCAAUUUGUUUAACAUCAAAUACGAAUAUUGAACAAGAACGCCAGCAAACAUUUCCUUCGAUCAUAUCAUUUGUACCAACAUUAUCAUCCAAAACAAAAAAAUAA